ACGUGAUGAAUUGGUGAUAAGAGAGUAUCUCUCGUCUUAUUGAACUCUGCUUUAUCUCACCAAAAUCUUAUGACCAUAAGUUCAUAUUCUAGAAAUUAUAUGCACAUAGAGAGCGGUGAUAUUUUUUUUUUUUGGGAAACCAUAGAGAGCGGUGAUUGGCACUUCAAGAAAAUUAUUCUACAAUUGUUCACACGUAAUUCUUCGAAGUGUUUUUAUUAGAAGGAACGGGUGCAUUGUGAAGUGCAGAUAACAGCUCCCAUACAGAUGAAGCCUCUAUAUAAAGCCUCUUGAGAGACAUUCUACAAAGCAUCCAUUUGUUAUUAGCUUUCUUGUCCUGCAAACCAAAUGGUGAGAAACAAUUGAAAUGGGAAGGCAAGGCAAGUGCAGAGCUAAAAGGCCCCAAAGCAGAGCAAAUUUGGCCUCUUUUGGAGACUUCUUUGGCUUGCACAAGUGGUUCCCAACUCUCACAACUUGCCUUGGUGUUGAAGGCACACAGGGGGUAGCUGGGUGCUUGCGGUUCUGUGCUGGAGUCAAGACUCCGGUUGAUCAUAAAAGUGACCAGAACCAAGACCAAGAGAAGGUGAACUGGACUAAGCAGAAGCUGCUGAGUAUAGACCCAGCAAAAAUGACAUAUAGUUACUCUAUCAUAGAUGGGAAUAUUGGGUUUAACUCGUACAUUUCGACCGUUCAAGUGGUGCUGAAGGACGCCGGGUGUAUGAUUGUGUGGAAGUAUGAAGUUGAACCAGUGGAGGGAUUGAGGCUGGAGGAUCUGGACCUGCUCAUUGGCACUGGUUUGCAAGUCAUGGCUAGCAGAAUGGAAGCCUCUCUUGAACUCCAAGUUGAAUAAUUGGAAACACAAAAGUGAUUUGGUAGAGAGAAUGGCAAGUGAUUUGUAUAACCCUGCAAUAAAACCGGCAACAAAAUCCAGUAAGGUUGAUAAGUUGUCGGACUUGUAGCUCUAGUC